UAUACUGAAAAGAAGCUAUGCACGCUAACAGUACUUUAUUUUUUAUUAAGUAUAAUUGAUCUACAAUAUUAGCAAAAUGUUUGAUGACGCGGAUGAGGCCUAUAAUGAAUUUAUCAAAGAAUAUGGGGAAAGGUAUGAAUGGGGCAAUGAAGGAAUUCCCGAAUUUACACCAGAGUGGGAAGACUGGGAAGAUCUUUUUUGCGAAAUCAAAAUCUAUUGGAAGACAAAGGCAAUUAGGCAUUGGAAAGAAAAAAUACUUAAGAAAUUUGUAUAUAGUCUGCCCGGCAUAAGAAAUCCAGCAUCAUUAUUCCAUGUAUUCAUACAAUCCAAUGCUUUUUACCUCCCACAAAUUUUAAGCCUAAUAGAAUUACCGUAUAGUGCCGAGGAACUUCGAUGGGAAAUAUGGCCGGAUGGUAAAGAUACAGAUGAGAUCAAGGUAGAAAAUAAUGCAGAUGAGGUUGAUAAGUUCCGGUGUGGAUCAUUGCUUCAAGAUGAAGACUCAAUAGUGGAUUAUUACUCGAAGAUAAAGAGAUGUAACGAUGUUAUCAAACUCUGUAAAAAUCAUCUUAAAGAAGUAUUCAUUAAAGGGUUAACGCCCAAAAAUAAGCAUUUCGCUUUAAUGGAUUUUGAAUAUAUUUUUCCACCAGAUUUACCUCUUGAUGUAUUGGUAAUAAUGCUUAUUCAAGUAGAAAAAGGUACAACGUCUAAACUACUCUUGCAAGCAUGCUUAGACUUUAUAUCACAACAGCAAAGAUUUGCUAUUUAUAAGUCCCCAAUCGGUACAUACAAGAUUCUCGACCGGAAGAGGAAAAUGGAUGAUAACCGUAAACCGUCUUACAUUUAGGUAAAUUUAGGUAAUAUCAGUCCUAGUAUUGUUAAUCGGCUUGGAUUUUUUUAAAAAUUAAAAAAUUUUUCGAAGCAUUUUGCGAUAAUAGUUUUCGUGCCGGAUUAACAACACUAAUCAGUCCGGAGCAGUGAUCAUCAGCUCGGAAGAUUUUG